GAAGACCGCCGACAUCUACACGUGGAAAUCGACGUGAUGCGAAGUCACAGUUUCGUCUCAGCGAUUGUACCUCUGUCUAUAUUUGAACUCUGUGGCAAUAGCGACACAUUACGCUGCAUUUAUUGUGCGUUUAUAACUAACAUUCUAAUACUUGUAAGCGCAAGAGAUAGGCAGAAUGUGGCUAUGGACGGUACUGCCAUUUUUUACCUUAUUCCCAGUCGAUGGUGUCGUGGUCGUGACACCUGAAUUAGAGAAGAGAUUCCCUGAUAACUUCUUGUUUGGAGUCUCGAGUUCUGCCUACCAGAUCGAAGGGAGCUGGAAUGUGGACGGUAAAGGUCAAUCAAUAUGGGACUACUACCCCCACAAACAGCCCGAGAUCGUCCAGGAUUGCACCAACGCCGACGUCACCGCGGACUCCUACCGGCUUUUCAAGCAAGACAUACAAAUUCUUAAACAUUUAGGCGUAAAAAGCUACAGAUUCUCCAUAUCUUGGACUAGAAUACUCCCAGAUGGAACUACCAACUAUAUUAAUCCACGUGGGAUCGCUCAUUACAGAAAAUUCAUAGACUUAUUACUAGAAAAUGAUAUAUUGCCGUUUGUAACUUUAUUCCAUUGGGAUUUACCCAUCGCAUUCGGUAAAAAUGGAAGUUGGUUGAAUGAAAAUACAGUAGACAGAUUUGGAGAUUACGUAAGAGUAGCUUUUCUAGCGUUUGGUGAUAAAGUAAAGCAUUGGAUAACCAUAAACGAGCCGUAUAUACUCUGUUUAUAUAGCUACGAACUUGGCAUGCUUCCACCAUUGAUAAAAUCUCCUGGGAAAGGAUUCUAUGAGUGUGGAAGGAAUAUGUUGCUAGGGCAUGCGAAGGCUUAUCGUAUUUAUGACGAAGAGUUCAGGUUCCAAGGGGGGGAGGUGGGUCUAACGUUGGAUGCUCAGUGGCCGAUAGCAGCCAGUGGAUCAGAGGAAGAUGCCGAAGCUGUGAAGGACUACCUGGCUUUGUAUGUGGGGCAAUACUUAGACCCAGUGAUCAAAGGCGACUACCCUCAACGCCUGACAGCCCGGGUGGCGGCGGCGAGCGCGCGUCAGGGCACGGAGUCCCGGCUCCGCCCGUUAACUGAAGAGGAAAAGAAAUUCAUCCACGGCACUUAUGACUUCAUUGGCAUUAAUCAUUAUACCAGCGUGAUGGUGUACAGAAACGAGUCAGUGAACGGAAUGUACGAAAAGCCUUCGUUCUACGAUGACGUCGGUAUCGGCAUAUACGUGAACGACUCGUGGCCUGCCAGCUCGUUGGACUUUAUGAAGGAAUACGCCCCAGGAUUCUAUUCCUUACUCCUAUACCUCAAAGAUACCUACAACAACCCCCUGGUCUACAUCACCGAGAAUGGUUUCCCCCUAUCAUCAGCUGAGGGUCUCGAUGAUCGGAAGAAAGUGAAUUAUAUUAGGAACUAUUUGGACGCCUUGAUGGACGCGAGGGCAGAUGGGUCUAACUGUCAAGGAUAUUUCGUUUGGUCGCUUAUGGACAGUUUUGAAUGGGCCGCUGGAUAUCAGUACAAAUUCGGCCUCUAUCAAGUGGACUUCGACGACCCAGACAAGAAACGAACCGCUCGGAAAUCCGCGCUAGUGUACAAGGAGAUCAUACGCACUGGGACGAUAGACGUUAGCUACGACCCAGACCCAUACCAACAUAAUGGAUCUCUUUAUUAAAUAUUUCUAGAGCAUAACUGAUGCUUAUAAUAUUAUUGUUACAUAUAUAUAUACAAAAUAGUAUUUUGUGCAACAGUACAUAAUAAAGAUUCUUAAAAUUCAAGGGCGCGAGUUAGAAAACGA